AUGUCGUGUCCACAUCUUUCACAGGGCAAUCGCCAGCCCUGCACAGCUACCUCCUUCUGCCUCAAGGACACGGUCACCUCCAUUUCUGUGAAGGCAUGUAGUAGUAUACUGAGGUCGUUGGCAAAGCCUGGGUCCUGUCCUCUCGCUCUCUUCCCCAGACAGCAUGAGUUUCACCACUUGCUCCAACUUCUCCACCAAUUACUGGUCCCUGGGCUCCGUCCAGCCGCCCAGCUGGUCAACAGCAUGGCCAGGGUCUAUGCAAGUGCCAGGGGCUCUAGUUUCCAGAUCUCCAUGUCCUGCUCCACCAGCUUCUGGGAUGGCUUGGGGUCCCAGGGCCUGGCCACAGGGAUGGCUGGGGGUCUGGCAGGAAUAGGAGGCAUCCAGAACGAGAAGGAGACCAUGCAAAGCCUGAAAGACCGCCUGGCCUCCUACCUGGACAGACUGAGGAGCCUGGAGAUCGAGAACUGGAGGCUAGAGAGCAAAAUCUGGGAGCACCUGGAGAAGAAGGGACCCCAGGUCAGAGACUGGGGCCAUUACUUCAAGAUCAUCGAGGACCUGAGGGCUCGGAUCUUAGCAAAUACUGUGGACAAUGCCUGCAUCGUUCUGCAGAUUGACAAUGCCCAUCUUGCUGCUGAUGACUUUAGAGUCAAGUAUGAGACAGACUCUCACGUGCCAGUCUGUGGAGAGCAGCAUUAUGGGCUCUGCAAGGUCACUGAUGACACCAAUGUCACUUGGCUGCAGCUGGAGACAGAGAUCGAGGCUCUCAAGGAGGAGCUCCUCUUCAUGAAGAACCAAGAAGAUGAACUAAAAGACCUACGAGCCCAGAUUGCCAGCUCUGGGUUGACCAUGGAGGUAGAUGCCCCCAAAUCUCAGGACCUCGCCAAGAUCAUGGCAGACAUCUGGGCCCAAUAUGACGAGCUGGCUCGGAAGAACCGAGAGGAGCUGGACAAGUGCUGGUCUCAGCGGAAUGAGGAGAGCACCACAGUGGUCACCACGCAGUCCGCCGAGGUUGGAGCUGCUGAGAUGACGCUCACGGAAGCUGGGACGUACAGUCCAGUCCUUGGGGAUCGACCUGGACUCCAUGAAAAAUCUGAAGGCCAGCUUGGAGAACAGCCCAAGGGAGGUGGAGGUCCGCUACACCCUGCAGAUGGAGCAGCUCAACGGGAUCCUGCUGCACCUGGCGUCGGAGCUGGCCCAGACCCAGGAAGAGGGGCGACACCAGGCCCGGGAGUGCCCUGCUGA